UUUACUAACCUUUUGCUCUUGGGAUUCGAUACAGGGGCAAUGGAAUCACAGUACAAAAUUCCUUUUAACAGGGAUAUGUUUGCACUUCCAAACAAGAAAGCCUUUGAGGUGGUUAUGUACUUUCUUUUCAAUAAGUUGGAUCCUGUGUUGUGCAGAGAAACUUUUCGUGACUGUUGGCCAGUGAUAGACAAGAAAGUGGAACAACUAUUUAGAAAAGCAUGCAAUAAUUGGCUAACAAUGAUUGCCAAGGAAGAAAAGGAUGCCCAUUUACCCAGGAUAGUGGCGUCUACAUUCAUGUCACCUGGAGGUGACCGUUUUUAUCAGCUGAUGUUUAACUUUUCGAGAUAUGUUAUACUGAGGACAAUUAAGAAUGAUCAUGGUUUGAAAACAAGGGACAUGCUGCAGCACCCUGUACUUACUCCCCAGAACUUAGCCAUAGACCAUGUGAUAAGUGAGAGCCUUAAGUGUGGGGCAGUCAGGCACAGGAAGAGGUUUCUAGAGCAUGUUGAGGAUACAGUACAAGUACAGCAGCAAUGGAAAGAAUAUGCAAGUGAACUUGUGAAAGAUAAUCGAACCCUAAGCAAGGCUGUCAGAGACAAAGAAAGGCUAGUCAGAGAUGAAAUACAGAAGGGGACUACUCUAGGAGGAAGCCCUGUUCCAAAACGAAGGUCAGGUAUACACGAUCCAGCAUUGGAUGUUCAGUCAGUAAAAAGAGCACAGAAAGUUCAGAAGGUGAGGGAAUUAUGGAAAAUCCUGGACGACUUCAAUGGCUCAAAAGAACAAGAAUGUGAGGUUAUAGAAUCUAUUCUUCAUGGAACACUAGACCAGUAUAAAAUUGAUGCAGGGGAAAUUAAUGUCAAAAUUCCUGACUUACUAUUGCGAGAGUGUGAGAGUGAAUUGCAAAGGAGAAAUGUUGAUAACACUUUAAAAGGAGGGAAGCUGAAUCUGUUAAGUCUGGUGCAUCUUUGGAAUCUUUCCCUGCAUCUUUACAUUGAAAAACUGCACACAGCUGGAGUUCCUAAUUUUGGGGACCAUUUAGCCACAGUAGCAACUCAAGUUCAUACACACCAUGCGUAUCUGUCUAAUACCCAGGCUCUGAGGUCAAAGAUGGCAAAGGAGAUGAUUCCAAAUCUCAAGGCAUCUAUAGACCAACUAAAGUAUUCCUUAGAUCAGCAACCUGUAACUGGAAGGACGCCUCAUGGGAUCAGAACUGCAUCGCUUGGUUUAGGACUUCUUCCACCCACACCACCCAUCUCAUUUCAAGAAGAUUCCACUUUGACGGAGGGAACCCCACCAAAUAUCUCAACUACUCUGACACCUAAUAAAGUGUCCACCCCGGAGGCAGUGUCACGCCUUGUGAAUUCUGUGGAGAAAACUGUGAGAAGAGAGCAGGCCUCUCUUGGUGCAGGUACUCCCCUCUAUGGUCCAAAACUUGGGAUUAAGGGACAGCCAUAUGGAGCAGAUAAUGUACCAAUGAGCCAUCUACCAAUUCCUGUGGUUCAGGUAGAGCGUGUGGGGAACAAGCAGAGGACCAGGAUCAGAUCGGCGCCUGGGACUCCUGGUGCCUCACGUGGUACUCUAGCAGGCACAAGUCCACUUGUCAUGGACAGCAGAAAUGGAGUAAAUACCAUGUUUGAAACAUUAGAAAUGGAAACAACACAAGAAGGUAGAAGUACUAGAGAGUCAGCAAGGGAGAAAUUGACAGAGCAGGUGUCAAAGUCAAAGCCAGGGUUUAAGUCAAAACAAAGAGAUAAGACCAUUGUGAACACAAGAAGACCCCAGUCUCAGACACCAAGGGUUGAGAGGCAUUCAACAAGAACAUCACCAAGAGCACACGAUAUAUUAGCUGAUAAGAUAGCAGAUGCAGUAAUGGAUUCCAGCAGAAAAUAUACCAGUGGUCUUAGUUCAGGGGAGUCCACACCUGACUCAAUGAACAUAGCAGAUCUUAACUUGCAAGAUCCUUUGGAAGGACUAGGCACGAAGGCAUUUAUAUCCCAGGACAAGAUAGCCAGGACGCCUGAAGGAGGACAUGCCAAGAAGAUGACCUGGCAUGACACACUGAUGGAGGAACAGCUCCCCAGAAGACCAAGUUCGACUGAGCUAGAUGAGGUUACAAAGAAUCUGUUCACACCUGAAAACUCAGACGAAGAAAACAUCAUUACUGUUGGUGAAGUGCCAGAUGAAAAGAAAGAUGCACUGUCCCCUGUAGCUAAAGUCGAUCUUAAUCAACCUAAGGGUGCAACUCCAUCUUCCAAAAGAAAACUCAAGCAUUCCCCAACCUUGCUGGAUAUGGAAACAGUAGUUGGAGGACAAACUUUGAACAGGUCUGCAAGAGAGGCUGAAGAAAGACUUGAGGCUGCCUCAGAGGUUACAAAUUUAUUGAAUGACUUAACUUUCAAUGGAGGUACAGUGCAAGAAGACAGGACUUGGAGAAAGCAGUCUAGCAGUUCUGAUCAGUCAAGUUCCAUUGUGUCUUCUGUUGUACAGAGACAAGAUAAGUCAUUCAGGGACUCCCCUAUUUCAACAGAAGACCAGUACAGAGAUCUCUUUGAAUCUAAAACUCCUCAUUUACCAAACAGGGCAAAAAGACAAAAUGUAGCACCACAGGAUUAUUCUGCAACCCCUGAAUUUCCAAAAUCAUCUGAUCAUUCUAGAAAGUCAAAUCCUUCUGUGACACCAAUUUCAACAAAUGAUAUGCCAUUUGGUCAAUUCACUGAUGAUGGGGUUCAGAGAUCCAGUGCUUUCAGUGGAUACCCAAAAGACCUGUUGAGUCUAGAUGAUGAGGACGACCUGUUGACUACUGUGACCAUGCCUUUCAGUCCCUCUAUGGAGGAUUCUCCUCAUGUAGGAUCACAAGAUGUACGCGUGGUUGUAUCUCCACAUGUUUUUGGCAGAAAAGAAAAGCAUACAGAAUUAGGGAGUGAGAAAAGAAACUAUGACGAAUUUCUGGAACAAAAAUCCAGUAGAAGUAAUGCGAGAUCCCCAGCCGCGUCAUCAACUGGUUCUUCAGCAGGUUUUAAUUUGGGACAUGGGAUUGAAGCUGGUGAACAGUUGAACAACAUGAAACAUGUACAGAAAGACUCCAGUGUGGAUGAUUUGAUUUCAAGGUACAGAAAACUGAAACUGAAUAAUUUUACACCACUCGAAUCAUUGCAAAACAACAAGUCGCCCUCCUUGUCAAAACAUGUCAACGGGAGCAACCUAUCAUCAAAAAGCCAACAGGCAACUACAGCAGAUGUUAUUGAUCCAAGGUAUUUUGAAAAGAGUCCAGUCAGAAAGACCUCAAUAGAUGAAAGAUUCUCCCUAGAUAUAGAUGAACCAGAAAAUAUACUAGAUUUUAAGAGUCCAGGGGGCAGCAGACUGCCAGAUUCACCUGAUUAUUCGAACUUGCUAGGACAGAAUGGAAGGAGUUCAGGAGCAAGUGAAAAACCAGCAUCUACAAAUGACAGAGAGGAAGGGGCACAAAGUGCUAGAAGUCCACAUGGGUUUACUAUGCCUGUGUCACCACAUGACAUAGCUUUGCUGCCACAAGAUGCCAGAGGUGGCUACCUUCACACUCCACGCCACAGGGAAAGCUUACCUUUAGAUGGGUCUUUGAUAGAUGUAGAUGCCAUGUUAAGCCCAGGCAUAGGAGAGACUCCUGGGCUUCCUUUUGGGAGGAAAGGGAGAGACUCAGCUGCAACUUACAAAGCGAAAAGAACAGAUAGAUUUGAGGAUAUACUUGGUGAUGAUACAUCCUUGCUCCUUCCCUCCUCUCCAGAAGUUAGUUUUACUACACAUUCACCAGCUGUGGGAAACCUUUUGGACUUCUAAGUGCAACUGCAAAGAUUGCAAAGAGUUUGAAGAUUUUCCUGUUUUGGAACCUUACGUUUUGAUAAUCCAAUUAGGGGAUAAAGAUGUGUUUAUGCCUCUAUCAAAGUCAUAACCAUAUGAACUGCAUCAUCAAUAAAGCUUACUGCUUUUUACAGCCAUAAUUUUUUUGAUAUGCUGGACAAGGCAUCUUUUCAAAUGAAUCUAAUUGAUUAGUGUUAUAUUUUUUUGAAAAAAAAUAUUUUUUUUCAUUCCAUCAAGGAUUUUGAUUUUGAUUGCCAUCUUUGGAACCAUGCAACCUUAACAACAUACAGUUACCAUGUCUUAAUACAAGAACCUGUAAAUAAUUUUUGUAGCUUUCUUGUGGUUGAACCAUUCUUCUCUCUCCCCACCCCACCUAUUUUUAAAAAUUAAUCAAAACACUGAUGGCUUAUGUAAUGAUGGCACUCACAAAUACUAUUAGUUAUUUAAUAUGUGCUUGGAUUUUUAGCUUUCUGUAUAUUAAAGAUCUGGGUUGCUAUUUAUCAAUAUUUUUUUACAUAUUUUAUGUAUAUUUAUUAAUGGGUAUAAAUAACCCCCAUUUCUUCUAGAUUUUUUCAGGACGCAAUAUUGAAAAAAUGUGUUAUUAGUGACAUGUAGGUGACAACAAACAAUUGAGUUGUAAAAUAUACUAUAUAUCUAGCUUUUGUAUAUAUGCAUUGAUAUGAUUGCAAAUCGAUGAUUUAUUGUGUAAAUAAACUAUAAGUACA